AUGGGAGAGGACACGGUGAGGAAGGAGUCCGCUUUCUAACCAUGGAAAUUUUGCUGCUGAGCAGCGUGCGCUCUUGGAAUAAGGACUUAAAAGACUUGUACAUCUCAUGCUCUUUGUCUUCCUCCCCCUUUCUCUCUGUUUUCAAAUGCAUAUGAGAGACUUAUAUGGAGGAUGUGGAACAUUGCGGAGAGAAGAAAAAUGCAAUUUCAUGUAUAUUUUUAUUGUGAAAUGUGCACUCAAGUCUUAAUUGGAUAUUUCUUUUUUCGGAUUACUUCCGCACAUUAAUUUUUUGUAAAAAUCAAAACUGGACUUAAAAAUGGAUUUCUUUAAUAUCUCCAGCCUGGACGACGGGGUAGAGGCAGAAAAUAUCUCCUCUAAUUCCACCUCUGAGAGCCAGUAUACCCUGCUCGCUAUCUGGGGUCUGGCUGGACUUGUCAGCUUCCUGAUUUUGUUUACCAUAGUCGGGAACGUUUUGGUUGUUAUCGCCGUUUUAACGAGCAGAGCUCUAAAACCACCCCAGAACCUCUUUCUCGUCUCCUUGGCCAGUGCGGACAUACUGGUAGCCACUCUGGUCAUGCCCUUUUCACUGGCAAAUGAACUUAUGGGCUUCUGGUUUUUUGGCAAAAUUUGGUGUGACAUCUAUCUAGCUCUGGAUGUUUUGUUCUGCACCUCUUCUAUUGUUCACCUGUGCGCUAUUAGUUUGGACAGGUACUGGUCUGUGACACAGGCUGUAGAGUACAACUUAAAGAGAACACCUAAACGAGUUAAAGGCAUGAUUGUUGUGGUCUGGUUGAUCUCAGCCAUAAUAUCCUUCCCUCCACUGAUAUCAAUGGACAGAAGCAGCAGCGAGGCCAGUCCCCAGUGUAUGCUGAAUGAUGAGACCUGGUACAUCCUCUACUCCAGCAUAGGAUCAUUCUUUGCUCCCUGUGUUAUUAUGAUCCUGGUCUAUAUUCGGAUCUACCAAGUGGCAAAAACCAGGACCAGAACAUUGUCAGAGAAGAAAAGGGAUGUGGAUUCACCGCUGGAGAAUGGGAUGGACCAAGCUGAACCGGGCAUAGGUGGGUCUUUAAAGUCCAACAGGGGCGGGAGCAUGAAAAAUCAGGAACGCCAGAAUGGGCAUUGCCACGAGCAAGCAGUUCGAACCCCCCUACCAAACGAGCCAAAACAUCCAACAGACAACGAUGAUGACUUUGAAGAUAGUAGCUCGUCAGAUGAGAAACUUAAAAAAAGUUCUUGCUCCUCAAAACAUCAUCAUGAAGACAGAAAAGACAGGAAGGCUAGCCGAAAGAGCAGCUCCGCCUCUAAAUACUCCAGCAGGAAGUCGCGUGCCAGUUCCAAAUCCAUAGACUUGUUUUCAUCUCGUCGCAAACGUCGGAGCACUGUCAAUCGGAAGAAAGUCUCAGCUGCUCGGGAGAAACGCUUCACCUUCGUCCUUGCUGUGGUCAUGGGCGUAUUUGUUGUUUGCUGGUUCCCAUUCUUCUUCUCCUACAGUCUGUAUGGAAUCUGCCGUGAACCAUGCAAGAUCCCUCUAACACUUUUCAAGUUCUUUUUUUGGAUUGGCUACUGCAACAGCUCACUAAACCCAGUAAUCUACACCAUCUUCAACCAGGACUUCCGCAGAGCCUUCCAGAAAAUCCUUUGUAAGUCAUGGAAACGCUCUUUUUGAAGGAUACAGCACAGCUGGGUGUGUAAUAGACAUUUUACUUUGCAGACAAUAAGCUAUGCUGUUCUGAACCAUUUGAUAAUGUGCUGGCCUCGGGUGUUUUCACAUCUGUACUUUCAGGGACUGCAUUAGAAAUGAAGGCAUGAUUAACAGACCUAACAAAUGCACAAAGAAGGGGCUUAAACUACAGGUUCUCUGAUAAUAUUCACAGAGGAGGCUUAUUUGAUGACUUUUAGGCUGUUUUUUCCCUGAUGUGGGCUUUGGUUCACCCUAUACUACUUUUGUCUUCACCUAAAUAACAUAAAUGGUUUCCUAACAGGUACUGAUGCAUGCCUGCCACAUUGGCUGCACCUCAUGAACUUCCCAGGAGGCAAAGGGUUUACAGAGACAGAGCCAAUUUACAAUGUGACCUCAUUCACUGAAUAUAAUGCGAAGGCCUUGACAAUCUCCUCACAACUGUUGUUUGUGACGUUAGAUAAUAGUAUGUAUCUUUUCUCUCUAUCUAUAAAUCUGUUUUUCUUUAACUUCCUAUGUCACACUCUCGACAGGAGGACCAAUGGGACGAAGGGGCUCUUUGCUUACUGUUAAAGUAGCAAAAGUGUUUCACACAAAAAACUAACAAAAGAAAACAAACAAACAAAAAAAGACAUCAUGAAAAAAAAAACACAUUCAUAUUUCUGCCUCAGUGUUCUGUGUGAACUUAAAAAUGUCUAAACCGUGUGCUGCAGUGGAAACUUUCAUCAUGUUAUGGUGGACUUUGAUUGGAUGACACGUGCAGUAGAGUGGUAUCACAGACAGGUAUUAUUCACCUUCCUCACACUAACGAGGAAAGCUGAUGGAAUACUGAGGUAGUACUGAAGCAGAUGGGCAUCUACUGAGGCAUUCACUGUUUGUGCAUAUUUGUAUGUGUGUGUGCGUGUGUGUGUGCGUGCAGUCUGGGGGGUUUACCGCAUCCAGUGUUGGGAAGGUUACUUUUAAAAUGUAUUCCACUACAGAAUACUGAA